GGCGGGAUGUUCUCCCGAAGGAGCCACGGAGAUGUGAAAAAGUCCACGCAGAAGGUGCUGGACCCCAAGAAGGACGUGCUGACCCGCCUGAAGCACCUGCGGGCGCUGCUGGAUAAUGUGGAUGCAAGUGAUCUUAAGCAGUUUUUUGAGACCAACUAUUCUCAGAUAUAUUUCAUCUUCUAUGAAAAUUUUAUAGCACUGGAAAAUAGUUUGAAGUUAAAAGGGAAUAAUAAGUCACAAAGGGAGGAGCUGGACUCCAUCCUUUUUCUUUUUGAAAAAAUACUGCAGUUUCUACCUGAACGAAUUUUCUUUCGAUGGCAUUACCAGAGUAUAGGCUCAACUUUAAAGAAGCUUUUACACACUGGAAAUUCUAUUAAGAUAAGAUGUGAAGGAAUCAGACUGUUUCUUUUGUGGCUUCAAGCACUUCAGACAAACUGUGCAGAAGAGCAGGUGCUGAUUUUCGCUUGCCUAGUGCCUGGUUUUCCAGCGGUCUUGUCAUCCAGGGGUCCCUGCACGCUGGAGACACUCAUCAACCCUAGCCCUAGUGUAGUUGAUGCAAAAAUAUACCCAGAGGAAAUCACCCCACUUCUACCGGCCAUAUCAGGGGAGAAGAUCGCUGAGGACCAAACCUGCUUUUUUCUUCAAAUACUGUUGAAAUACAUGGUUAUUCAGGCUUCAAGCUUGGAGUGGAAGAAUAAGGAGAAUCAAGAUACUAGUUUUAAAUUUCUUUUUACGUUGUUUCGAAAGUAUUAUCUUCCUCAUUUGUUUCCAUCAUUUACUAAGUUAACCAACAUCUACAAGCCUGUACUUGAAAUUCCCCAUUUGAGACCAAAGCCAGUAUAUGUUACAGUAACUCGAGAUAAUGAAACAAUUUACAGUACAAAAAUUCCAUACAUGGCAGCUCGUGUUGUUUUCAUUAAAUGGAUUGUAACUUUCUUUUUGGAAAAAAAGUAUCUAACUGCAACACAAAACACUAAAAAUGGAGUUGAUGUACUGCCUAAAAUCAUCCAGACUGUUGGUGGUGGUGCAAUACAAGAGAAGGUGCCAGAGCUGGAUGGUGCUGGAUCCACAGAGCAGGACAAAAGCCAUUCUAACAGCAGCACCUUGUCUGACCGAAGACUCAGCAACUCCAGUCUUUGUAGCAUUGAAGAGGAGCACCGGACAGUGUAUGAAAUGGUGCAGAGGAUCCUUCUGUCAACACGGGGUUAUGUGAAUUUUGUGAAUGAAGUAUUUCGACAGGCAUUUUUGUUGCCUUCCUGUGAGAUAUCUGUAACAAGAAAAGUAGUUCAAGUGUACAGGAAAUGGAUCCUCCAGAACAAACCUGUGUUCAUGGAGGAACCAGAUAAAAAGGAUGUUGGUCAAGAAGAUGCCGAAAAAUUAGGAUUUUCAGAGACUGACUCCAAGGAGGCCUCAUCUGAAAGCUCUGGUCAUAAACGGUCAUCCAGUUGGGGACGCACGUAUUCCUUCACAAGUGCCAUGAGCAGAGGGUGUGUGACAGACGAGGACAACACAAAUGUGAAAGCCGGGGCCCAAGCUAUGUUGCAGGUCUUCCUUACAAAUGCUGCAAAUGUCUUCUUGCUGGAGCCCUGUGCCGACGUUCCCUUGCUCCUGAGAGAACACGUCGAUGCCUGUAAAGCUGUUCUCAUUGUUUUUCGGCGAAUGAUCAUGGAACUUACAAUGAAUCAGAAGACGUGGGAGCAGAUGUUGCAAAUCCUUCUCAGGAUAACAGAAGCUGUCAUGCAGAAGCCAAAGGAUAAGCAUGGAAAGGACUUGUUUGCCCAGAGCUUGGCAGGGUUGCUCUUCAGGACACUUAUCGUGGCUUGGAUCCGAGCAAACCUCUGUGUGUACAUCUCUCGGGAGCUGUGGGACGACUUUCUCAGGGUGCUGUCAUCCCUUACGGAAUGGGAGGAGCUCAUCACUGAGUGGUCCAACAUCAUGGACUCCUUGACAGCUGUGCUUGCGAGAACUGUGUAUGGAGUUGAAAUGACAAACCUACCUCUAGAUAAGUUAAGUGAACAAAAGGAGAAGAAGCAGCGUGGCAAAGGUUGUGUCCUAGAGCCCCAAAAAGGGACUGCUGUUGGGAGGUCCUUUUCUCUCAGCUGGCGUAGCCAUCCAGAUGUGACUGAGCCAAUGAGAUUCAGAAGUGCCACCACAUCUGGAGCACCAGGAGUAGAGAAGGCAAGAAAUACUGUUCGUCAAAAAGCAACUGAAGUGGAGGAGUUCCAACAGGCAGAGAGCACAGCUGCAGCCGACUGUGACUAUCUUGUGGUAGGCCAGCAGCAGGUGCCCCGGAGCAGCAGCACCUCCGACAUCACUGAGCGCUUGUACUCAGACUCUUCUCAAGGUUACAGCCCUGUGCUGCCUCAUCCAGCCUUUUACAUGACUUUUGGGGACCAGAGCUCAGGUCCUCAAGCUUGCACAGCAGGCCCUAUACCAUUGAGCCAGCUCCCCAGCUCAGGUCAAAGGGUAGAACAUUCACAGAAUUUGAGCGCUUCAGAAACCAAGUCUGUUCAAGAGAGUAAAGGACAUGUGACACAAGAACAUGAAGGAAUAACAAUCUUGGUUCGAAGGAGCAGCAGUCCUGCUGAGCUGGAUCUGAAGGAUGAUUUACAGCAGACACACGGAAGAUGCAGGGAGAGACAGAAGAGUGAAAGUACUGGCAGUGACACAGCUGUGGGCUACAGCAAUGAAGCAGAGCUAGCCGUGAGCCCGUGGCAGACCUGUGAGGAGGACCCGGACCUGAGCACGCCCACAGAUGCUGUGGCUGACUCUGAUGCCCGCCAUUGGUUACAACUGAGUCCUGCUGAUGCUUCCAACUUAACAGACAGCAGAGAAUGCCUUGCAGAUGACUGUAGCAUAAUUGCUGGAGGAAAUCUCACUGGAUGGCACCCAGACUCUGCUGCUGUGUUAUGGCGAAGAGUCUUGGGAAUCCUUGGAGAUGUGAAUAACAUCCAGUCACCGAAGAUCCAUGCCAAGGUUUUUGGCUAUCUCUAUGAACUGUGGUACAAACUGGCCAAGAUACGAGAUAAUCUAGCAAUAAGCCUGGAUAACCAGUCGUCUCCAUCUCCUCCUCUCUUGAUCCCACCACUCAGAAUGUUUGCAUCAUGGCUAUUUAAGGCUACAACUCUGCCAAAUGAAUAUAAAGAAGGCAAACUGCAAGCCUACAAACUGAUCUGUGCCAUGAUGACCAGACGCCAGGAUGUUCUGCCAAACUCUGAUUUCCUGGUGCAUUUUUACCUUGUGAUGCACCUGGGAUUAACCAGCGAGGACCAGGAUAUCUUAAACACCAUCAUAAAAAACUGCUCACCCCGCUUUUUCUCCCUGGGUUUGCCUGGCUUCUCAAUGCUGGUGGGGGACUUUAUCACUGCUGCUGCCAGGGUCCUCAGUACAGACAUGUUGGCGGCACCCCGUUCAGAAGCUCUCACUCUCCUUGGUUCCCUUGUCUGCUUCCCAAAUACCUACCGGGAGAUCCCUCUGCUGCAGUCAGUGCCAGAAGUGAGUGACGUCGUCACGGGAGCUGAAGAUGUCAAGCAUUACCUCAUAAAUAUUUUACUGAAGAAUGCUACCGAGGAACCAAAUGAAUGUGCAAGAUGUAUCGCCAUUUGCUCUCUUGGGAUCUGGAUUUGUGAAGAGCUUGCACAGUGUGCCAGCCAUCCUCAGGUGAAGGAUGCCAUCAAUGUGAUAGGUGUAACUUUGAAGUUUCCUAACAAGAUUGUGGCUCAGGUAGCCUGUGAUGUUCUUCAGUUGUUGGUUUCCUACUGGGAAAAGCUUCAGAUGUUUGAAACUGCUCUACCACGAAAAAUGGCAGAAAUCCUUGUGGCCACAAUUGCAUUCCUUUUACCAAGUGCAGAGUACUCUUCAGUGGAAACAGAUAAAAAGUUUAUUGUGUCCUUGCUCCUCUGUCUCUUGGACUGGUGCAUGGCACUGCCCGUGAGUGCCCUCCUCCACCCUGUGACCACGGCAGUCCUAGAGGAGCCGCACCCAUCCCGGGCUCCCUUGCUGGAUUAUAUCUACAGGGUUCUGCACUGCUGUGUCUGUGGCUCGAGCACAUACACACAGCAAAGCCACUAUACUCUGACCUUGGCUGACCUGUCUUCCACGGACUAUGACCCCUUCCUACCUCUGGCAAAUGUGAGGAACUCCGAGCCAGUCCAGUACCAUUCAUCAGCAGACCUGGGGAACCUCCUGACUGUGGAAGAGGAGAAGAAGAGAAGAAGUGUGGAACUGAUCCCCCUCACUGCACGAAUGGUCAUGGCCCACCUAGUGAACCACCUAGGCCACUAUCCUCUGAGUGGGGGCCCUGCUGUGCUGCACAGCCUGGUCAGUGAGAACCACGACAAUGCCCAUGUGGAAGGAACUGAGCUGUCCUCGGAGGUGUUCAGGAGCCCAAACCUGCAGCUCUUCGUAUUUAAUGAUAGCACUCUCAUCUCCUACCUGCAGACGCCAGCAGAAGGACCAGCUGGAGGGACUUCAGGGGGUUCCCUCUCAGAUGUGAGAGUCAUUGUGAGGGAUAUCUCAGGAAAGUACUCUUGGGAUGGCAAGGUUUUAUAUGGACCUCUGGAAGGCCCCUUGCCACCCAAUGGAAGGAAUUCCUCAUUUCAGAUUUCUGGCUGGCAUCAUCACACGUGUGGACCUCAGAAAGAUUUGUUUCACAGUGAUGAGGGAGAUGAUGUGCUUGACAAAUUACUUGAAAACAUUGGCCAUACCAGCCCCGAAUGCCUUUUGCCAUCACAACUAAAUCUAAAUGAGCCUUCCCCAACCCCGUAUGCAAUGAACUGUGACCAAGAGAAGGAAAUCAUGGAGACCAUCCUGCGCCAGAGCACGCAGGAAGCUGAGUAUGUGCAGAGGUGUAACUCGGAUUCUGCAGUGAAGGUCACCUGCCAAGGGCAGCCCUCACCAGUGGAGCCCAGGGGACCCUUUUACUUCUGCAGGUUGUUGCUUGAUGACUUGGGAAUGAAUUCCUGGGACAGAAGGAAGAAUUUUCAUUUGUUGAAGAAAAAUUCAAAAUUAUUGAGAGAGCUAAAAAAUCUGGACUCGCGUCAGUGCCGCGAGACCCAUAAGAUCGCAGUGUUUUACAUUGCUGAAGGGCAAGAAGACAAGUGUUCCAUUCUAGCCAAUGAAAGAGGAAGUCAAGCAUAUGAAGACUUUGUUGCUGGUCUUGGAUGGGAGGUGGAUCUCUCAACCCACUGUGGGUUUAUGGGUGGUCUUCAGCGCAAUGGCAGCACAGGACAGACGGCCCCUUACUAUGCUACCUCGACUGUGGAAGUAAUUUUCCAUGUUUCCACUCGGAUGCCAUCAGAUUCAGAUGAUUCACUCACCAAAAAGCUUCGUCACCUGGGGAAUGAUGAGGUCCACAUCGUCUGGUCUGAGCACUCCAGGGACUACCGCAGGGGUAUUAUCCCAACAGCCUUUGGAGACGUCUCCAUCAUUAUUUACCCAAUGAAGAAUCAUAUGUUCUUUAUCACGAUAACGAAGAAGCCUGAGGUUCCGUUCUUUGGGCCUCUGUUCGAUGGAGCGAUUGUGAGUGGGAAGCUGCUGCCAAGCCUCAUCUGUGCCACGUGCAUCAAUGCCAGCAGAGCGGUGAAGUGCCUCAUCCCACUCUAUCAGAGCUUCUACGAAGAGCGAGCUCUGUAUCUGGAAGCAAUAAUUCAAAACCACCGGGAAGUCAUGACAUUUGAGGAUUUCGCUGCUCAAGUCUUUUCUCCCUCUCCCAGCUACUCUCUCAGUGGAACGGAUUAAAAUACAGAAUGGUCUCAUUACGAUAUUUGAGCGAGGGGUCUUGAUCUUCAGCCUGAGUAUGGAUCCCAAGAAAAUCCUCCAUAUGGAAGAGACAGGCAAGACUCCCCUGAUUUUCCCAGAAUCCUCAAAAUCCAGACUUCAGGAAACUGCCACUGUGCCAGCAUGUGCAGCAAGCCUUCCCAUAGCUCGGACCCCCAGGGUCAGAGGUAGUCUAGUUUGUGUGGAACCUUCAAACAAAGCUGUGUCUCUCUUGUCCUGGAAUCUCACCAAACCUUAGGCAUCAGAAGAAGAAAAGAAAAAGUCAUCCUCAACCAGGAACAAACCUGCUGUCAUAAUGGCGAUGGAGAAGCCCACAUACAGUCCUUAAGCAGAACACAGUGAACACAGUAGCUAAAGGUUCGGGGCCCACAGGAAGGGGCAAAGGGCGCUUGUCUGUAUCACUGAAUUGUUUUCCUUUCAUUUAUAUACCCAAGCUUGAUUCCCAAAAGGGCUGACAAGACAACUGUGUAACUGUUGGAGGAAUUUCCUCCAUACUGAUUUUGCUAAUCCUUAUGUUAGGAUUUAUACUUUACUCAAAAUUUCAUCAUCAUGGAAACUGGCUGUCCCCAGAGUCUUUUCCCACAGGAAGUUUCACCUCCAUCAUUGAACCGUUUCCAUCUGGAGCCUGAGGUCCACUGACUUAAGAUUCUCCUGACAACACGAAGUUCUGUCAGGUGAUGUUCCCACACAGAGUGAGCAGGGUAUCUAACAACAUGGGAGGAUCCACAGGAGAGCACUAUGCAAAUGGGUAGCAGCCCUGCUCACCUCAGCCCAGCCCAGCCCAGCACCACACACAUCAAAGCACACACACACACACACACGAAUCAAAUUUUAUGUAUUGGCUCCAAGGAAGGUGUGUUGUGCCUAUUAGGGAUGGGAGGGAAGGAAGGAGUUAAAUGUGUCCCUUACUGGACUUGGACAUCUUGGACCUUAGUAUAUGGCAACUAAGAGUUCACAGGGAAGACUUCUGCAUGGUCACACACAUACUCACACAUACACACAUUCCAUUCCCAUGCCUCUGUCCUGGCCCUGGUGCUGUCUCCGAGCUCCAGUGUUGCUUCAUUCCCUGCUCUGCCUCAGAGGGAAACAGCAAAUGCAGCAGAGGCCAUCCCUUGUGCAUGGUUCUGCUACGUGAGGUCAUUUCCCAGUGCACACAUCUAGAUGACCCUUUACUGAGAGCAGGGAAGCAGCUGUAGAGGACAGACUGGAGGGGCUCAGGCAUGGGAAAGAACGUCCUGGAUGUAGCUACCUCUCUACCUUCCUCUGCCCUCUGAUCUCACACACGUUAGUACUCCUACCCUGCUUGGUCACUCCUCUGAGCCUGCUUAUCCACCUCACCAGUGUCCAUUCCCCAGAGAAGCCAGCUUUUUAUAUCUACUACAGAGCUGAUUUGGCUGCUACUGACCUUGGUAGAGAAAGGAGUAGAGCCAGAAGCCAUACUCAGUUUUGUAGUGAGUGGGAAUUGAGAGAGUGAGACAUUCUAGGAGCACCUCCCACUGCAGGGAGAACCCAUCCUGCUGUGAAGGGAGUUUAACAGCCUCUCAUCCCAGGCCACAGACUGAAGCCCCUGGAGAGCUGCUUGACAAUCAUAGAGAGCAGGGCAUUGCAAAGCAGAAAAAAAGGCUCUGGGUGCUGUUUUCUAAUGGUCCAGGAUGCUCACUUACUGGGAGGUUAAUGGUGAUAGAAGGGAAAUAGGCUGUCAUGACAUUUCCCAUUGUGUCAGUGAAACCUUGAUUCUGAUCCCACCCACUGUCUGUGUCUGUCUGUAUGUGUCUGUGUGUCUGUAUGUGUCUGUGUGUGUGGCCAGUAUUGUUCAGACUUCUGUUAUUGAUCUGCUACUUUGGUGUUUACAAAGUACCUAGACCUGGCUCCUGCAGAAAGCUCCUCCCACGUCCUGGGCGCUAAAGGCCCCCACAGCACUCUGUCAUUAAGUAGCUUCUGCAGGAACACUUAUCUUCAGGCCCCAUAAACCCUUUAUGGAAUUCUUGUCAUUUUGGAAGUCUUUCCUUUUCAUCUUUUUCAGUUGCAAUACAACCCAGGGCCACAACCCAGGUCCCAGAGGUCCUGUUUAACUCCCACAGCUGUCUGUUCAUAAUUUCAUUUGCUUCCACAAGCCCUCAGACAUGGAGUGAGAAAUUCAAUUGGAGGUAGCAAAUAAUUUGAACUUCUUAUAACCUAAUGAUUUUACCAACCCCACACCCAGGUUGACAGCAACAGUUUAUGUCUGUUUAUGUUUUACUUAUUAAUGUGGUCCAUGGUCUUAGGUUGGUAAUAGCUCUGCUUAGAGACUUAGGAGCUGUGGAGUAGGGACUCUGGCAGCCAUGUUUGAUUGCAUCCAGCAGCUCUUGUUAUUUGGGGUGGAAAAUUAAAAUGAUCAAGUUUGGUGUUUUCUUUUGUCAGUUAGAAAAGCAAAUAUUGUGUUUUCAUAAUAAAUGUCUUUUAGCAAAAUUGCUAAGGGUCACUCAUCUGGUGAGACCCUCCCAAGAGCCACUCAUCAUAUUAGUAUUAGUGGGUCAGCCAUCUGUGAUAAAAGUGUCCCUAAUUACCCCGAAGUGUGGUAAGACUCUCUGGGCUCCUGCAGGGCCUGGCCAGUGGCCGCCCUUCUCCACAUGCUGACUUCUGGAUGUCCAGAAAGAGGGAAACUGAUGUUUAUAAUCUUGUUGAUUAGACUUUCAUGCUGUAAAAAAAAAAAAAAUAGUAACCCCACAAAGUUAGGACUUUUUAAAAAUAGCCAGACCUUCAGCAGAUUGAAAAAAAGCUAUAUAGCCUACUGAGUGACUUUUCCAGUGUCUUCAGCAGCCAAGCUGGCAGAUCUUGAGAGCCCCAGGGAUGGACUCUGCCUCUGCCGUGUGGCUGUUUAGCCUUAUAAAGGAGAUCACACAGCUCCAGAGAGCCGUGCAAACCCUGUCUUCCUGACUGUCCUCAGGUGUCCCUUCCUUUUCUCCACUGACUCGUGGUGGAGGUUUGGUGAACCCUCUAAACUUUCCUGUGUGUCUGUAUGUAGCUGUACCACUCCAUAGUUACUGAGGGGGAUGUCACCACACCUAAGGGAAACUCAUCCAGAGACCCCCAUCCUUGUAUUUGCACCCAGUUUCUAUGUAUAUGACGUACACAGUAAGCAAGCAUUUCCUUAGCUUCAGGUCUACGAUAUUUAGUAUGUGUAAAUAAGGGGACAUUUGAUAGACAUGAUAAAUUAAGUUAUAGCAUGUUGUUUGGUUGUUUUGAGGUUUCUUGUUAUUUAACUUCCCAUUGCACAUCUAGGUUGUUCUGAGGGGUGUGUGGUUGGGGGAACCUCCAAACCUGCUCCACCCUGUCAGGAGUGUGCACGCACUAGGGACACUCCACAAGGGCAGCCAUGCUGGGAACACACUUAGCUCGUGAUGGUGCCUCCCACUACAGCUCGCUCUCUUUCAUUCUGAUUUACUGUGAUGAUUUGAUGAAUGAGAAACACAGCACCUAGGUGCUGCGUGUUUCUGACAUUCUCAUAGUUUGUAGGAAAUAAAAGUUUUUCCCACCAUCUAA